ACUUUUAUACAUUUUAAAAAAUUAUCCACAGUAAACAAGUUUAAAAAAUGAUGAUACAUCUAUAGUUACCAACAUUAAAAGAAGCUCAUAACACUGGUUGAUAAAAACUCUAUGUAGAAUAUAUGUGUAGUUUCUUCCAACUUAUGGAAAACUCUAUAAAUCUCUUUUAGACUAGAGAGAAUUCUAGAAGUUAUUAACCAAAAUAUUUCCAGUGGUCAUCAUGUUAGUAUUUCGGAUCAUUUUUACUUCCUUAGACUUCCCUGUAUUGUGCUUUGCUUUACAGUGAGCCUAUUUCAAUUUAACACACACGCAUGCACACACAAACUCACAUAAACCUAUUCUCUCCAGAUAUUAGAAAUAAAAGCUUCUGUAUACAAAAAUAUCACUAGGGUUUGUAAUAUUCCUAACCUCAGUUACCAGUUUUUGAGAACCUAACGUGUACAAGGCAGUGUGCUGAGAGCUUUUCUGACAGGGUCUCAUCUCAUGUGCAUGGCCGCCCAGUGAGGAGGAAACUUCCAUGUCCCUAUUUUGCAGAUGAAGAAACUGAGACCCAGAAAAAUAAAAAUAAAUGUCUUGACGUCCCGUAGCUAUUAAGUAGAUCAGCUCUUAUGCAAAAUCAGGCCCACCUGACUCCAGAACCCAAGGAAAAUCUUAAUAAAGAAUGUUGUAGAGGAAGAAAAAAACCCAUAAUCCUAAUAUUCAUGCUCAAUUUUCAUUUUUACCAUAUUCUUUUCUAACUUUUAUGCAUCUCGGUCCAUACUUUUACACAAUUGUGUCCAUUGCCUAUAUACCAUUUUAUAUCUUUGUUCUUAACCAUUUCUUCAUGUUCCCACAGGCUGUCAAAUAAUCCAUUAAAAUCUAUGUAAAACUCCCACUAAGUGACGGGACAAUCAUUUACCAGUCAUUUUGGCUUUUUGAACUCUAAUUUUUCAUAUUAUCUAUAACGUCGUGACAAUGAUGACAUUUUUGCAGCCCCUCGGUGGAGCUCCUUCCUCCUUGCUGAGUCAGUCCCCAUGGUGAGAGCCACUCAGUUUAUCAGUCAGGGAACAAAUAUUUAUCCAGGACCCGUUGUGGACAAGUCACUGUGCCAGUCUCCGUGGAGACCCAGAGAAUGACUUGGUGGAGUCCCGCCCUUCAGGAACCGCACAGUGCGGGUGGUCAGGCAAGAAAUGGAGUAAAGAAGGCAGCGCUGAGCGCCGGCCUCCUUGGCCUCUCACUGUCUACACCAGGGACUCCUGUCAAGCUGCCCAAGUUCAGGACUGGUUCCUGUCCUUGCAGGAAGCAGACACCAGGUCUGAAGCAGCAGCAGAGCUCCCUUAUUGCCAUGGCUAUAUUUCCAGGCUCAUCUGAGUUCUAGCCCCCAUGGCAUCACCGUCUUGGCCUGGGUUGUCCACCCCAGCUGCCUCCCUGGCCCGGUCUCCCUGAGAUCUUCUGAGUGGCCCCCAAGCACAACAGAACACAGUUAGAUGUGAGGGGCCCUGUCACCAGUCUUAAGGCUCGUGCUGUUUACCCAGUCUCUUGGCUGCACAGCACCCUGAGCCAGCCCAUCCUGCAGGCCUACCUCCACCUGCACAUCUUGCCUUUCUCCCAAGGCUGCUCUCCUACGCUGGUUCCACAGCCCCCUCAGCUCCAUUUCUGAUGGCUGCCUUUGGGACGACAAGUUCCCCAAGGGCAGGGUGCAGGCAUACAGUAUCCCACAGCAGCUAGCAUUGUCCUGAUGACGAGAGCGUGUAAGUAUUUUUGCUGUUAUAUUUUUUUAAGAUUUUAUUCAUUCAUUUGAAAGAGACAGAGACAGUGAGAGCACAAGCAGGGGGAGAAGAAAAGGGAGAGGGAGAGGCAGACUCCCCGCUGGGCUGGGAGCCUGAUGUGGGACUUGAUCCCAGGACCUGGGGAUCAUGACCUGACCGGAAGGCAGAUGCCUAACCAUCUGAGCCACCCAGUAUUUUUGCUCUUAAAGGAACAUUUACAGGCAGCCCAGGAGUCACCCCUUUUGAGUUUGUUUCCUCAUCUGUAAAAUGGACUCAAUGUUAUGGUUGCCUUUUGCUCUGAAAGUCAUUAAACCAUGUAAUGGUUUCUCAGGCAUUGGUCACAUUACACAAAAAGGUUAGCUUCAUUUUUCAGUUGAUUUGUAAAUUUAUUCCAGUGUCCUAUGGGAAACCAGCCUUUGACACCUGAGUUAAAUCUGCUGUCGUAAUCCUUCUGUGGGUCUGUUGGUGCUCCUAACAUUUUUUGGCAGUAGUUUUUAUUUUCUAUCGACUAAUCCACUGAUAUCAUUGAAAAAGUAAAUUGUGUUUCAAGUUUAUUAAUGAAAAGUUAGAGUUUCUGCCCCCUCCCCCCACCCCACCCCUCACUUCUCGGUUCCACUCCUCGGCACGCUGCUUAGGGGCAACUAGUUUCAACCCUUGAAGCUAUUUCUUUCUGAAUUUAACUUCACACUUCUAAAUAAUUUGCCUCCACUCCAUUUAAUUCUUCAGUUUUAGCCAUUGUCUACUGACUUCCUGGUGUGGUAGAUGAGGAUUCGGCUCUAAAGUGGCCGCCCCCCGUCGCCCUCCCCAACUCUUCCAAUGUAGUCCCAAUUCACUUUUUGGUUAAAUCACUGUUAAGUGGGGCGCCUGGGUGGCUCAGUGGGUUAAAGCCUCUGCUUUCGGCUCAGGUCAUGAUCCCAGGGUCCUGGAAUCGAGCCCCUCAUCGGGAUCUCUGCUCAGCGAGGAGCCUGCUUCCUCCUCUCUCUCUCUCUCUCUGCCUGCCUCUCUGCCUACUUGUGAUCUCUGUCUGUCAAAUAAAUAAAAAUCUUUAAAAAAAAAAUCACUGUUAAGUGUUUGCAUUAACAUAUAUGAGUGAGGACCUUACUACAACCACGUUGAUCUUCUUCCAUAGUAUUUUGUAACUUGGGAUCAUUAGGCAAUUUUUAUUUUCUUGGGUUUCUUCUAUGUUUCUAUUAUUAAUUUCACCCCAGUGGCUCUGUUUCCUCUUACAACUGCUCUGUAAAAAAUGACCACAAAUUUAGUGGCUUAAAACAACACCAAUUUAUUCUCCUAUAGUUCUGAGGUCAGAUGUCUGAAAUGGAUCUCCCUGUGCUAAAAUCAAGGUGUUGACGGGACUUGGUUCCUUCUGGAGGCUUCAGCGGAGAAUCAUUUCCUUGCCUUAUCCAGCUUCCAGAGGUGCCCACAUUCCUUGGCUUGUGGCCCUUCCUUGAUCACUCUACCUUCUCUUCCAUCAUCACAUUUUCUUCUCUGACUCUGACUCUUCCUCUUAUGAGGAGGUUUGUGAUGACCUUGGGCCCACACAGAUAAUCUGGUGUCAUCUCCCUUCUCAAGAUCCUCAGCUAAAUCACAGCUGUACGUCUUCUUUUUGCAUGUAAGGUGACUAUUCACAGGUUCCAGGGAUGGGUGCUUGGACAGGUUUGCGGGGAGGGCCCAACCCCUGGCCUACUACGUGCUCUAACAGAUCUGCCAGAGGCCUGUCCGUAGUAUCCAACAAUCCACCAGUUCCAAGCCCUGAGUCUUUUGGGGGCCUUCAGUGUGGGAAUUAGCCCCUUCUGGUUUGCGCCCACAUUGCAGGCCUGUAGGCUUCAGCUUCCAAUGGUGUGCCAAGGAAUGUGUGAGGGAGUGACUGUAUCAAACUUGCAUGGACAACCCUUGUACAGUUCUGUUUCCUCUCCCACUCUCCCUGUUCUAGUUGAAUGAAAGCUCUUUUCGUCCUUGAAUUCGGAAGAAAGCCAGUCCUUCCUCUUACCUGUCCCCUUUGCUCUCACACGGCUACCACACUCACGGCACUUAUGACACCGGAUGUCUGUGGGUUUUCCCCCACCAAGCAACACCAGCUGGGAGUCCUAUAGUUUCCCUCGAUUCUGACGCUCUCCAGUUGGAGGUAGCUCUAGAUCCGACAGGUAAGGACUCAGUCCACCGAGACCGCGCCCCUCGCCCUGCCCCGGCUGCCAGAGAUGCCGAUCCCAGACUGUGCUAUUGCUGCCUCCUGGGCUUUGGACCAUCAGCUACAAACCAGAGGUUCCCAUGACCCCAUCCUUAGUUUCAAAUAAUUUGCUGCAACAGCUCACAGAACUCAGGAAAACGGUUACUUGGAUUUACUGGUUUAUUAAAGGAUCAGCUCUUGGACGCAGAUGGACAACACAUGAAUCAAACAAGCAGUGGGGGCUGGGAGGGUCCCAAGUGCAGGAGUUUCCAUCAUCACGGAGUCUGGGUGAGUCACCCUCCCGGAGUGGACGUGUUUGCCAACCCGGAAGCUCACCGCACCCCAUGCCGCUGGGAGUUUCACGGAGGUUUCCUCAUGAUAUGAUCAGUUACGAACUCCAUUUCCAGCCCCUCUCCCCCCCUUGCUGCAUGGGAACAGGGACUGAGGCUGAAAACUCUUAAUUUUUUAAUCAUGUCUUGUUUUUCUGGUGACCAGCCUGCAUCCUGGAGCCCACACACAACUGCCUCAUUAGAACGAUGCUUCUAGUGCUCUUAUCACUUGGGAUUCACAAGUGUUUCAAGACCCCUGUGUUGGGAACAGGGAGCAGAGAGAGACCAAUAUAUAUUUUUUUCUAUUAUCACAAUCCUAUACUAUCAUUUUAGUGGUGUUCUGGAAAACCAAGAAAAUAAACAAAUGAGUCAAGCCUCCCUGUUUAUCUGUGAGUUGUCUUCUAUGCAUAUAAUAGGGAUUUUGCUUUUGUUUUCACGGAGCCAAGAAGGAAGAGUUUUGAUUUAUAAUAGGGCAGGUGAACAGGAAUGAGAAACUGAGACAUUUACUUGCACUGUAAUUUGAGUAACAGAGCUAAUUUUCCAGGAAAUUCAGUGCAAGACCUACUGUAGGAACUUCUCAUUUCAGUGAGAACUAAUGUAGCCAGACAGAGUACGGGCUUGGGAUUCUGGUCGACUUGUACUCAUUCCCAGCCCUGCAACUUGCUAUGCUUGUGAUCAUUCUGAGCCUCAGGUUUCUCUUCUGUAAAAUCGGGAUAACAAUAAUGGAUCAUUUAUUGUGUACCUGGCUCUCAGUAAGCACUCAAGGGUGGCAAAUUUUAAAUUGCUUUCAGGUCAAGUCUCCGAGGUGCCAAAGGGUGGGAUGUUACUCUGUAGUCAAGACCUUGCACCAGAUCAACAGGUUCCAGAAUCUACCAUCCUACCUUCUGUGCUUUGGGCCUUUGCUAGGUCCUUUCUAAUUGGUUUCUAGGUGUUGCUGCUUUGACUCUUAAUGGUGUAACUCUGCUGUUACUUUCCCACUUCAGCAAGAGCCUCCUGAUCUAGCAGCCAAGAGUCCCUCUGAGCUCCUGCCAUGUACCCCAACCCUCUCAUCUACUGCACCUGCUGGGACCCCUGGAACCUGGGACCACGGAAGCUAAUCAAGACCCCUCGGCCACCAACCAGGACCUCCAUAGGGAAACCCAAGCUAGCUCCUCUUCCUCCAGCUGCAAAAAAACAAAGUUAUGUUCAGCCAACAACAAAACCUUUUGUUGGCCCGAAAGUGACAGACCAUUUAGGAAAACAAGAGGAGAGCACUGCAUUACCUACUGAAGUGAUAAAUGUGUCCCCUGGCUAUCGCCUCAUUCGAAAUAGGGAGCAGAUUUCUGUCACCUUGGGAGAUGAAAUGUUCGAGAAGAAAAAGCAGCUGAAAUCAGAGAUCAUGGACAAAAUCAAAAUUUCCAGGGCUGAUAUCAUUACCGACCUAGAAGAGCAGAUCUCAGAGCUGACCGUGAUCAUUGAGCAAAUGAACAGAGACCAUCAGUCUGCCCAGAAACUGCUCUCGGAUGAAAUGGCUCUCCGCUGCGCGGAGAUGAAGGAGAACUUCGAAAACAAGAACAGGGAACUCAAAGAAGCUCACGCAGCAGAGCUCAGUCAAUUGGAGAACAGCUACAAAGCAUCGUUGAAGGCAGAGAAGCUGGCUGCCCAGGAAAAACUAGAUGAGAUGGGAAAGGAAUAUAAGUAUUUGAAGAAUAUGUUUCAUAUGUAUCAGGACAGCAUCUAUGAUGAAAUGGAGGACAGGUGGUCAAAGAAGAAGGCGGACUGGGAGAGGGAGGAGAAGUUGGAGCGGGAAAAGAUCCUGCUACAGCAGAAACAUAAAAUGACAAAAAAGUUUGAGUUAGAGUCAAUAGAAGAAAAGAAGAAAAUAAAUGACUCCUACACUGCUGUCUUUGAGAACUUCAUUCGAGAGAAGGAGGAGCUGUUGAAACAGCAUGAAAAUGACACCUUACAAUUAGCGGAGCUGAGAAAGACCAAACAGGUCAUGGAGGAAGAGUUGAAUACACAAGCUGUUAUCCUGGAAACACUUAACACAACCCUCUACCAAACCCAGAUGGAACUUCAGAAAGAGAAAGCCACAGUGGGAAAUCUGGAGAAAAUGUUCCAGAUCAAGCUUGCCGAAGCUGAAGAAAAGUUUAAAUAUACCAUACAGCUUCUGACAGAAGAGAACAUUCAUCUAAGGCAAAAAAUAAUUGCCAAGAAUGAAGAAAUUUAUGAAGAACGAUGUGGGAGGUCUACCUCUAUUUAUGAGAAUGAUUCUGACAUUUUAGAAGAUGACAGCAAUGAAAAACAAGAAUUAUGAACCCAAAAGUUGCUCUCCCAUACAAAAGAUGACAGGAACACUGACUCUCUAGGCUUAGAGAACUCUGGUGAGGUUUUCUGGAAAAAGUGUAUUAUGAGUUUAGUUGCUGGAUUGCCUUGGUUCUACUUUUGUCUUUUCACAAUCUGCUUUCUUCUAAGUGAUUGGGAAUGUUUGAAUUCUCAUCUCAAUUAUACAGAUUUUCAAGACUCUUCAUUGAGAGGUGAUGUUCUCUAUAUCUGGAUUUGCUCUUUCUCUGGGCAAGGUACUAUUUUCUCUUCCAUAUUUCUGGAUUUCAUUACAAAAACACUGAUCUGAAGAAAUUCCUAUUAAAUAUUGACUACAUUU